AUGGCAGAAAUUUGUUUUGGAGAUUUACAAUUCAGUGCGUCUUCAGCCAACCUUUUGGGAAGUGACGGCAACGGCCAAGGAGUCUUCAAAGGAACUUUUAAAGGUCAGCCAGUCGCUGUGAAACAAUUUUUAGUGAACAGCACGGAUAGUCAGAUAAGUGGGCACCAAGAUGAGCAGCACUGGGAAAAGUUGCUCAAAUUGUGUUACAAUAAUCUAGUUCAGUACUUACAGUGUAGCAUCCAAGAUGAUAUCCGUUACCUUGUGAUGGAAUUAUGUCAGGGAUCAAUGCUGGACUAUUGCCGCAAAACACUUGACGAGAGUGUUGCAUCGCAUGUCAAAGCAACUGAUGUCAUGUGGCAAAUAGCCUGCGGUCUUGAUUAUCUUCACCGCCAAAAAUUCCAGCACGGAAAUUUAAAGUUGGAAAAUGUCCUGUUUUGGAAAAGAGAUUCAAAAUCCAAGCGGGUUGUUGUGAAAUUAGCAGGAUACGGAUGCAAGGAUGCCAAAACCGAUCUAUUCCAACUCGGUUGCUUGUUUUACUCUGCUGCAACUAAAGAAGAAGCCGAGCCGAAUGAAUCCGUCCCUCUUGACAGUCUUACUGAAAUCGAUGCUAACUUCAGAGCCCUCGCCUUUGAUUUAAUCAGCCUUCUUGUUCAUGGAUGCCUUUCAAACAGUGUCGUCGAAGCAGGCACAAUACUGCGACACCCUUUAUUUACCCGUUUCACAGACGAAGGACGAUCAAGGCUGAUCCAAGAUUUAAUGGAUGAUAAAGUGGGUCUGAUAUUGAACGAUGAAGAAAAGCUGCAGAAAUGGUUCGAGUCAGUAGAUGAGGGCAAGUUCCAAGAUGAAGAAUUUGACGAUUUAAAGGAAAUUCUUCUUGAAUCAGAAACUAUAGACAGCUUCAAAAUAGUGGGUGAAGCUUUCAAAACCACACCUAGAUUAUUCUCUGAAUAUAUUUGGCAUUGCACCAUUAGAACUGGAGAAACGCCCAUCGUCGUGCCCAAAGGAAAUAAUAAACCCCACUCCAUAGAAAUACAAGAAGAACUUGGAAAAGGAACUUACGGCAAAGUUUACAAAUGCGAUUAUACGGACGGAUAUGGAAACGCAUUCUCAGCUGCUUGCAAGAAGUGCAAUCCGAAGCCAGAAGCCGAGGACGUGUUUAAGAGAGAAAUUGAGACCCUUCGUAAACUAAAUCACUUGUUCGUCGUCAAAUAUCUUGAUGUUACCGAAAAGCAUUCUAAAACAUUCAUUGUGAUGGAGUUGUGCGAAGGAUCUUUAAAAGAUUACGUCGAAGGGAAGUUGGAACGAAUCCCUAAAGACUCGCUAGAUGAAAAGAUCCUUAUCGGCCAAGUUGCCCUUGGUCUCGCCUACAUACACGACAAGGGAAUAAUUCACAAGGAUUUGAAACUGGAAAAUGUUCUCCUCAAGCGCCACUCCCCUCGUUUGGUUUUAGCCAAAAUUGCCGAUUUCGGAUUCGCCAAGGAACUUAAACCGGGCAGAUCCGAGUUCAGUGAAACUGAACAUCCCGGCACACCGACUUACAUGGCACCCGAACUACUCAGUGCUCCUGGUGAAACCUACCCAGCCUCGUUCGCUAGCGAUGUUUACGCUUUUGGAAUUACAAUUGCGCGGAUUGUACUCAAAGGAAAACAUCUUUUCAGUUCCAACGAAAUUUGGCGAAACAUAUCCAUGGUUAAAGGUCUGGUUCCACCAAAUCUUCAAAAUCUAAGUUGGGAUUUGAUUGACCUGAUUCUCAAGUUAACCGACAAAGAUCCUGGAAAACGUCCUAAGAUGAUCCUAGUGUUGCGUCAUCCUUAUUUUGUUUUGACGAACGACCGAACCAAACGACAUUUUUCCGAUCAACUUUGGGCUGCUUUCACGUUUCUUCCGGAGAAAGAUGAAAUAAAACGGAAGAACGAAAUAUUCAGCAAUCGCAAUUUCCAAGAAUGGUAUGAAACUCUCUUCAAAGACAAGCCGAAAACUACAAAAGAAAUUGAAAAUAUGACCAAUACCUUUAAUUUGUUUACAAGCUUACGACCUGGCGUUCAUACUGACACUCUAUUCCCUACAAAACAAUACCAAAAAACAAUUAAGGAAGCCAUCAAAUCCGAAUAUGACCCCAAAAAUAAAAUCAAUCAGAUGGUUGCGGAACAAGGAAUUCCACAAAAUCUUUCUUGGCAUCGAUUAUACAAGUUGAUUCAACGCGCACCAAAGCUUUUCGUACCUUAUUUUUGGUCUCAUCUACCAGACAUUUUAGUCAGUCAUUCAAACCCAUUGGGAAAUUCGAUUAUUCCAGAGUUAGAAUGGAGUAGUUUGUACUACGACGACGAGGAACUCAUUGACGAGCUAUGGAGCAUCAAGUACUCGGAAAACUCUGAAAAUGAUAGAGAAACUAUCAGCGAAACUAUUGGAACAUUGCGCAAAUGCAACGUUUCAGAACGAGUAUGGUCUUCGUUACUAAAUCAGUAUGGGGUGAAAGCUGCAGCAGCAUUGGUUUACAGUGCAAUUCAAAGCAACGCCCAUAAUGCUGCUAAAGUUACUGAAAUGAUUUUACAAAGAUGUGGGAUCACCGAGGGAAUGUCAAAAAUAGUUCAAAUUACUGCCUGUAAUGGAGGAGACUGGGCUGCUGAAAUAAUGCAAGUAGUUUUGAAACAUGGAGGACAUCCGAACGCGCCCUCUCCACCUAACGGAUGCACUCCACUUCACUGCGCGGUUCAAAACCCAUCUCAUCAGGGACCGAAAAUUGUGGAGCUUCUUCUUCGACAGGGGGGAGAUCCAAAUGCUAAGCAAACAUUAAUUGAACUCACGGCUAUCCACUUCGCAGCGCUUAACCAAGGGGACGAUGCGGCUGAGAUUUUGAAGCAACUCCUUGACAGUGGAGGCGCUUUUGAUGCAGUCGUUAAAGGAAACGACGGGUUUAUAGAACCAAUUCAUUUAGCAACGAUGAACAUUGGAGAAUCUGCUUUGGAAUUAUUAGAUUUGCUUCUUAAGAAAAAACAAGCUUUGCAACAAGACAUCAACUUCAUUACUGAACACACUGGAAUAUCGUUAGUCCAUUUAGCAAUAUUAAACAAUGGAGAUUGCGGAUCAAAAAUCCUGAAAAAAUUGAUUGAAAACGGCGCAAAUCCAAACAUUUGUGAUAAAAAGAAACGCACACCACUUCAUCGAGCAGUCGACAACGAAGAGCAUCAGGAUAUUGAAAUUAUAACUAUUCUUUUAGAAAAUGGCAGCGAUCCUAAUGCCGUUGACGAAUUGGGUCAAACACCAGUCCAUUACGCAACUGAGAACGAAGGAGAAUUCGCUCACGAAAAGGUGAAACUUUUAUUAGCUUCUGGGGGGGAUUUGACUAUUAAAGAUUUAGAAGAACUCACUCCUGUUCAUUACGCCUUACUGAAUAUUGGCCUUUGUGGUAAUGAAAUAAGGAAACUAGUCGGUGUCGAUGAAAAAAAAGCGAAUACUCCUCUCAAUAACAACGGAGAAACACUUCUUCAUCGGAUUAGUGGAAAUGUUGAUCUAUCAUGUGAUGAUCAAAUUAAACAUGUUCAACUAAUACUUGAUAAUGGAGGGAAUCCCAAUGCUGUGGAUAUCCUUGGACGCUCUCCUGUUCACUACGCUGUUAAUCAAAAUGAAUCAAGUGCUUGUUUGGCUGUUUUGCAACGGCUGCUUCAAAACGGAGGAGACCCUAAUCUUCCUGAUAAAAAACGAACCACUCCUGUUCACUUUGCAGCCGAUUGCGUCAGUGAAUCAGCACCUGAAAAGAUUAAGAUCCUUCUAGAAAAUGGCGGAGACGCAAACGUUAGUGGUAACAACGGUCUUACUCCCCUACAUAUGGCCGGAGCGAAUUUGGGAAUCCACGGAACCAAACUGAUAGAAAUCCUAAUCGAAUACGGAGGCAAUCCCAAUGCUGUGGAUGAGUUUGGACGCUCCCCUGUACACACCGCAGUAUUCCAGAAGGAAACUGUUGUCUUAUCCAAUUUGCAGAUGCUGUUGAAAAAUGGGGGAGAUCCUAAUCUUAUCGAUAAAAAGGAACAAUGCUUUCCCAUUCACUAUGCAGCCGAUAGCGUCAACGAAACAGCACCUGAACAAAUGAAGAUCCUCCUAGAAAAUGGUGGAGAUGCAAACGUAAGGGGUUUAAACGGGACAACGCCACUUCAUUUUGCUGCUGCGAAUCUGGGAAUUCACGGGACUAAACUAACGAGACUGUUGCUUGAACACGGAGCGAAUCCUAAUAUUUCCGACUUUAAUAAGCGCAUACCUCUCCAUAUAGCAAUCCUAAGUAAAAACGACCAAUCAAGAUUAGACACGAUCAAGUUAUUACUUGAAAAUGGAGGAAACCCAAAUGCUAGUGACAGAAUGGGAAUGACACCAGUCCACUAUGUCAUUCCAGCUAAUAGAAGUAGUUCGUUGAAUGUGUUGACAUUUCUACUAGAACACGGUGGAAGCAUCUUGCAGGAAGACAAGUUAGGACAGACGCCGUACCGUUUAGCCACUCAAAUAGGAAACAAGCAAUAUUGCCAUCCCGAAGUUAAAAAAUUGAUAGUAAAAACAUACCGUAAAAUGAAAUAAAUUAACAAUUUAUAUGCUUGCUGCGCCUAUGUACACUGUAUAUUGUACAGCACAUACAAGCCAAUAUUCUAAUUAAGUUCUGGUCUAUGAAUUUUUUAAAAUCUAUCUUGUACUGGAUUCAUUAAUGGCAAAUUAAAAAAUCAAAGUACUUUCAUUUCUACACACAACGACCUCUGGACAUCGAAAAUGCUAGCUGCAAUACAAAUUAUAUAUACAUUCUUCUAAAA